GAAGCCCUGUAGUGUGACUAGAGAAAGGGGCUGCCCGCCCAGCCCCACCCGGCCACCAUGAAUACCUCGGCCCCACCCGCCGUCAGCCCCAACAUCACGGUUCUGGCACCGGGAAAGGGUCCCUGGCAAGUGGCCUUCAUUGGGAUCACCACGGGCCUCCUGUCACUGGCCACAGUGACGGGCAACCUGCUGGUCCUCAUCUCCUUCAAGGUCAACACUGAGCUCAAGACAGUCAACAACUACUUCCUGCUCAGCCUGGCCUGUGCUGACCUCAUCAUCGGUACCUUCUCCAUGAACCUCUAUACCACGUACCUGCUCAUGGGCCACUGGGCUCUGGGCACACUGGCCUGCGACCUCUGGCUGGCCCUGGACUACGUGGCUAGCAAUGCCUCCGUCAUGAACCUGCUGCUCAUCAGUUUCGACCGCUACUUCUCCGUGACCCGGCCCCUGAGCUAUCGAGCCAAGCGCACGCCCCGCCGGGCGGCCCUGAUGAUCGGCCUGGCCUGGCUGGUUUCCUUCAUCCUCUGGGCCCCAGCCAUCCUCUUCUGGCAGUACCUGGUAGGGGAGCGGACGGUGCUGGCCGGGCAGUGCUACAUCCAGUUCCUCUCCCAGCCCAUCAUCACCUUUGGCACAGCCAUGGCCGCCUUCUACCUCCCCGUCACGGUCAUGUGCACGCUCUACUGGCGCAUCUACCGGGAGACGGAGAACCGGGCCCGGGAGCUGGCGGCCCUGCAGGGCUCUGAGACGCCCGGUAAGGGGGGCGGCAGCAGCAGCAGCUCAGAGCGGUCCCAGCGGGGGACUGAGGGCUCACCGGAGACCCCUCCGGGGCGCUGCUGUCGCUGCUGCCGGGCCCCCAGGCUGCUGCAGGCCUACAGCUGGAAGGAAGAAGAGGAAGAGGACGAAGGCUCCAUGGAGUCCCUCACAUCCUCGGAGGGUGAGGAGCCUGGCUCCGAGGUGGUGAUCAAGAUGCCCAUGGUGGACCCCGAGGCGCAGGCCCCCGCCAAGCAGCCCCCCCGGAGCUCCCCCAAUACGGUCAAGAGGCCCACCCGGAAGGGGCGUGAGCGAGCAGGCAAGGGCCAGAAGCCCCGCGGGAAGGAGCAGCUGGCCAAGAGGAAGACCUUCUCGUUGGUCAAGGAGAAGAAGGCGGCUCGGACCCUGAGUGCCAUUCUGCUGGCCUUCAUCCUCACCUGGACACCAUACAACAUCAUGGUGCUGGUAUCCACCUUCUGCAAGAACUGCGUUCCCGAGACCCUGUGGGAGCUGGGCUACUGGCUGUGCUAUGUCAACAGCACCAUCAACCCCAUGUGCUACGCACUCUGCAACAAAGCCUUCCGGGACACCUUCCGCCUGCUGCUGCUCUGCCGCUGGGACAAGCGUCGCUGGCGCAAGAUCCCCAAGCGCCCCGGUUCCGUGCACCGCACCCCGUCCCGCCAAUGCUGAUGGCCCCUCACCUGCACCCCGCCACCCCAGUCCCCGGGAGAGCCGGGUGGAAAGCGGGCAGGGGCUGCGACCUCAGACCCAGGGCCCUGCUCAGCCCUCACCGGGCUUCGCAGGCCCCUAGGUCACCUUCCUGAACAGCCCAGAGAGACCCUGCCACCUUUCCAAACUUAGCUCUUUCCAGCCAGGGAAUGAACCCGGGGAACUGGUUUUUCUGUUCCCUGCUGGGUGGGAAUAGGCUCUUCACCAGGAAGAAGGCUGGGGGAGGAGGCUCCAGGCUUUGGAUCCCUUGUUUGCCUUCAGGCAGGAAGUCUGUUAGGGAGCCAGUGGGGCGGGUCAGGAGAGAGAAGGUUUACAUUUCAGUCAUCUCUGGCCCCAGGGGGCUGGCCCAGAUUGUGGGAGACGGCACCCCCUGGGGCGAUGGCAAGCUUGCCUCUCAGGGAGCAGGGAUCCCCCUCUCCUCCCCAGGCACAGCCCACUCUGCCGGGGCCCUAGGCACACUCUCUGGGAUUGUCCAGCCUCCCUGAAAAUGUCCCCAGAGUGUCCCUAUAUGGGUCACCCCAAGGCAAAUGUCUAAGCAUCAGCAGGACAAUGACAUCAGAAGAGACCAGAUGGGCUAGUCACACACCAAGUCCCAAGGCAGCCGCAGGACCAGGCAUCGGGAGUCCUGAUUGUCCCACUAUGUAGUUUCCCUGGGAGUGAGGGGCAGGGGUCCCUGCUGUCCAGCCCCACACCUAUGCCCUCAGUCCCUCCCUCCCUGGCUCACAGCCACCACCUGGAUGGAUCUGCUCCGUGCAGCUCUAGCCAGGCCUCCCGCAUGCUGCCUGCCUCCGGCCUGCCCCGCACAGGCCUGGCCCGGCCCACGGGUCCUCUCCUGUGAGCUCCCAGUCCAACCAUGCAUGGCCUCCCAGCCGCCCUUAUCUCCAGGCCCAGCCUGACCCCAAAUGUUCUUUCCUUCCAUCCUCAGCAAGUGCUGAGUCUGUGAAUAAAGCCACGUGACUAGUGGG